AUGUAUCGUCUACGCACCGCCGACAAGGGCAAACCUCUCAUCAUCUCGGAGAAGGUCAUUAGGGAGUAUGCUGACUGUAUUGUCGACACGCUGCACAAGAAGAACCUGCUGUCUCUCGGUGAGGAUCGUUAUCUUACGACCCUCAUGACUAAACACUUCCCCAACAUGUCUUACAAGUUUAUUCCGGAUGCUUAUGCUCUCACGGCCGCCCCCGAAACUUGGAGUAUUCUUCUUUCGCAGAGACGUCGAUGGAUCAACUCGACCAUUCACAAUCUUGCAGAACUUGUCUUCUUGAAGGAUCUCUGCGGUUUCUGCUGUUUCUCUAUGCGUUUUGUCGUCUUCAUUGAUCUCUUCGGUACCCUCGUCCUACCGUCGGUCUGCGCCUACCUCGUCUACCUUGUCUAUACCGUUUCGUCUGGUUCUGGGCAGUUCCCCAUGUUCUCCAUCAUCAUGUUGGCUGCUGUGUACGGUCUUCAAGCGCUCAUUUUCAUCAUCAAGCGUCAAUGGCAACACGUCGGCUGGAUGAUCAUCUACAUCCUCGCUUUCCCGAUUUAUUCCCUCGCACUGCCUCUCUACUCCUUCUGGAAGCAGGACGAUUUCUCCUGGGGUAACACGCGUGUCGUCAUUGGCGAGCAAGGCACCAAACAGGUCUUGACAACUGACGAUGAAGGCUUCGAUCCCAAGUCCAUUCCUAUGAUGCGCUGGGACGAGUAUGCUGAGCGCAACGAACUCCCGGGACGUCGCGGACUUCCGGGCCAUACUUCUGAGAAGGGCGGAUUCAGUGCCUGCGACGACGAAGCCUACGAGAUGAAUGACAUGCAAUCUGUGUAUUCGUCUGUCAAGCCCGCAUCCACAAUCAUGUCCAACAUGCAGCACAUCUCCCACAUGCCACCCCAGUCGCCAGGUCCAUAUCAAGGCAUGCAAACGCGUCAAUCUACGUACUCCAGCCUCACGCGCUAUCAAGACAAUCCCCACGACAGCCGUUUGAUGUCAAUGGGCGGCAUGAGUGACCACUAUGGCCGCCAAUCACCAUAUGGCCAGCGGCCCAAUAUGGGAGGAUUCCAGAGCUCGGACAAUCUCAUGACCUCGACACCGCCCAUUCGUGGACGUAGUCCCCUUGGUUACGCCCAGUCACGACCAGGCAGCACUAUGAAUUUCCAGACUAUGCAAAGUGGGCCAUCGGACAGUAUGAUCAUCGAGACCGUGCAGGGCUGUCUAAGGGACGCAGAUCUCGACAAGGUUACCAAGAAGCAGCUCGUUGCGCUCACAGAACAGCGUCUACAGACUCAGCUCACGGGCGAGAGGAAGAUUUUCCUCAGCCAGACCAUUGAUAACGAGCUUGCGAACAUGUAA